GCCGGCCCGGAGGCGCGCCCCGAGAGCGGCCGGGCGCUGGCCACGGGCCCAGGAGCCUCUUACCUCCUGCCGGGCCCGGCCGCCCGCCCGGACCCCGAGCCCGAGCCCGACCGGCAGCUGCCAGAGCUCGGCCCGCUCCUGUCCUGGACUGCAGAGCCCGAGGAUUACGGCCCCCCGGUUUUCCCGGACAGCGCCUGUCUCCGUGUGCCCGGCUUCAGCCACAGCCAGCACAGGAGGCCCGAGGUCGACUUCUUCCCUUGCUUCCCCGCGGCCUCGGUGGGCGAGCUGACGCUGGAGGUGGGUCCCGAGGACCCGGACCGGCCUUCGGACUUCAGCCAGACGUGCCCCCUAACGAGCGAGCCCGCGGCGUGUCCGGAGGACGGCCCCCGCCUGCGAGCGGUGUUCGACGCCCUGGACGGCGAUGGAGACGGCUUCGUCCGCAUCGAGGACUUCGUGCAGUUCGCCACGGUCUACGGGGCAGAGCAGGUGAAGGACUUAACGAAAUACUUGGACCCCGGCGGGCUUGGCGUGAUCAGUUUUGAGGACUUCUACCGAGGGAUCACCGCAAUCAGGAAUGGAGAGUCUGAUGGCCAGCUGUGCGGGGUUGCACCUGCCCAGGACGAGGAGCCGCCCGCCUGCCCCGAUGAGUUCGACGACUUCGUUACCUUUGAGGCCAACGAGGUGACAGACAGCGCAUACAUGGGUUCCGAGAGCACCUACAGUGAGUGUGAGACCUUCACCGACGAGGACACAAGCACCCUGGUGCACCCUGAGCUGCAAGCCGAAGGGGAUGCCGACAGCGCCGGUGGCUCAGCUGUGCCCUCCGAGUGCCUGGACGCCAUGGAGGAGCCUGGCCACGGCGCCUUGCUACUGCUCCCAGGGAGAUCCCACCUGCACAGCCAGUCCGUCGUCACGGUGAUAGGUGGCGAGGAGCAUUUUGAGGACUAUGGUGAGGGCAGUGAGGCAGAGCUGUCCCUGGAGACCCUCUGCAAUGGGGAGCAUGACUGCAGAGACCCCGCUUUCCUCACCCCCAGCACUGAUCCGCUUGCCGCAAAGCUGCACAGCAUCCUCACUGAUGAGGCUUUUGAGUUUUACUGUAGCCAGUGCCACAAACAAAUCAACCGCCUUGAGGAUCUUUCUGCUCGCCUGAACGAUCUUGAAAAGAAUAGUCCAGCGAAGCGGCUCUCCAGCAGGAAGGUGGCAAGGUACCUGCACCAGUCAGGGGCCCUGACCGUGGAGGCCCUACAGGACCCUGCCCCAGACCCCGUGGAGGGCAUGGAAGAGGACAUUGCUGAUAAGGUCGUCUUCCUGGAGAAACGGGUGUCGGAGCUGGAGAAGGACACGGCUGCCAGCGGGGAGCAGCACAGCCGGCUGCGGCAGGAGAACCUCCAGCUCGUGCACAGAGCCAAUGCCCUUGAGGAGCAGCUGAAGGAGCAGGAGCUGAGAGCCUGUGAGAUGGCGCUGGAGGAGGCGCGGAGGCACCGGGAGCUCGUGUGCAGGAUGGAGCGGGAGCGCAGCAUCGAGGUGGAGAGCCUGCAGGCCAGGCUGCAGCAGCUAGAUGAGGAGAACGGAGAGCUAAGGUCCUGCACGCCGUGUCUGAAGGCCAACAUUGAGCGCUUGGAAGAGGAGAAGCAGAAGUUGCUGGAUGAGAUGGAAGAGUUAUCCCUGCGGCUCAGUGAUGAGCAGGAGAACAGGAGGAAGCUGGGGGACAGGCUGAGCCACGAGAGGCACCAGUUCCAGAGGGACAAGGAGGCAACCCAGGAGUUGAUCGAGGACCUGCGCAAGCAGCUGGAGCACCUGCAGCUCUUCAAGCUGGAGGCCGAGCAGAGGAGGGGCCGGGGCAGCAGCAUGGGUCUGCAGGAGUACAACAGCCGCACCCGCGAGAGCGAGCUGGAGCAGGAGGUCCGCAGGUUGAAGCAGGAUAACCGUAACCUGAAGGAGCAGAAUGAUGAGCUCAACGGGCAGAUCAUCAACCUGAGCAUCCAGGGUGCCAAGAACCUCUUCUCCACGUCCUUCUCAGAGUCCCUGGCUGCGGAGAUCAGCUCCGUUUCCCGAGAUGAGCUCAUGGAUGCGAUUCAGAAGCAGGAGGAGAUCAACUUCCGCCUGCAGGACUACAUUGACCGGAUCAUCGUGGCCAUCAUGGAGACCAACCCAUCCAUCCUGGAGGUCAAGUAGAGGCAAGAAGGCCCAGCUCGGUGGGCCCAGGACCCCACCCGCACCCAGGAGAUGGCCACGGCGCACACACAGCCGAGACAAGCGGCUGGGCUGGGGUGCAUAGAAGGGUCUGCACAGGGAAGAGGAACAGGAGCUCCGGGGCCAGGGCCCACGCAGGAGAGGGUGGGGCUGGGCCUGCUCUCUGCAGAGAUGUGGGGAGCACGGCUCAGGCGAACCCCUCUGCGAGCUCCCUCUCAUGUGGCACACCUCUCUGCUGCCCUACUUGUCAGGGAAGAAAGGAAGGACUCGUCCCCACCGGGACACUGCCAUCUGCAUCUGCUCAGGGGCCCUCACCUGGAUGGCACAGAGGCCCCAGGACCCUCUCACCAGACGUGGUGGCGUGGGAAGGACUGCCAGGCAAGGUGGUGCAACAUCAGGCUCUGGCCGGGAGCUGCAGGACCCCGGCUUUCCUGGGGCUGUGACUCUGGAGCUGCUCCGCCCAGCCACCCAUCCAGAGAAGGCACCGCAGUCCAGCUUCAGACCCAGGGGCUCUGCAGCUGGCCACGCAGCUGUCCCCAUGCCCCAAACCCUUGCUGCAGUAACGGGGCUGGGGCCAAGCCUCUGCUCCAAAAUCAGGACUUGAGAGUCCCAUCACAUGGAGCAUGCUCCCUGCACAGGGUGGGUCUCAGGGCCCCUCUGACUCCAGGUGUGGCAGCAUCGUGGUGAGAAACUGCUUCCCCAUGGGUGUGGUCCCCGGCCUCCUGGAGCCCUCCCCUCCCUGAGCACGUCUCAGCUGCUCUGGGUGAAGUCCCGGUCUCCCAGGCCAGAGUCCACAUGUCUGGCACCACGUUUCCUCUGGGAGUUUGAAGUCGCUGAAGUGGCCAUCCUUCCCCGAGCUGCAUUUUGGAGGAGGCAGGGUGGUGCGGGUUCUCUAAGUACAUAGAUCCGGAGCAGAGAGCAAGGCCCUCCUGGCAGCUUGUGGGUUCCUUCAAGGAAGCCAUUGCCUGGCUCUGUGCCACCACCACCAGGCACUGCACCACCAUGGGGGCUGCUGGGCCUGCCCCCACCCUGCGCCUGAGCACUGUCCAGGAGCCUCUGGGUGCUCCAGGUGGGUCAAGACCCCACACACAGACUGGCCACUGCUGCGUGCAAGUGCGUAUGUGAGGGCGUGUGUGUGUGUGUGUGUGUGUGUGUGUGUGUGUGUGUGUGUGCGCAUUGCCCUGUGUCCCUCCAUCCUCCAUGUGGCCCACCUUCUACACUAAGAUUUAAGAUGUUGCCUCGUAUUGUACAUUUUGGGGAAAGCCUUGGGUGUAAAUCAGUGUAAACUUGGAGGAGAGAUUUUUCUAUCAUGUAGAGUAGGUAUUUUUUAUAGAUUGAAGGUUGAUCAAUUUUUUAAUACUUCCAAGAGAGAAAACUAUCUGUGUAUACACAUGAAAUAUAUAUAUAUAUAUGUAUGAUAAUAAAUACUGGAACUCUGCUUUCCGUGCCCAGCCCUGCCCCCGUGACACAGACUUGGAUCUGUUUCUGUCCAUCACCCAACGGUACCGUAGCUGUAAAUAUGAGUUGCAGGGAGAUGUUUCAUGCACACACCCAGGUGUGGACUUGCACAGUGACCCUCUUUCCUUCCCCUUGAGAAAGAUUUUUCAGGCAGAGCAGUGGUGACCUGGACACUAGAGGGCAAGGCCAGGACGCUCUCACCGAAGAUUAAAGCUAUCUAUACCCA